ACUGUUCUACCCAUUGACCUUGCGCUGACAUUCACAACACGUACUGUCAAAAAUUUACUCGGCGAGUUCGGUGGAAGGUCCCCAAAAAGAGCAAAUUUCUCCACAAUUUACAGAUUUCUGGUCAGGCACGGAAUGGCUCUCAAUAAGUUGAGUAUCGAGAAGGUGGAUUUGGCAGGAAAGAGAGUCCUCAUGAGGGUGGACUUCAAUGUUCCCAUCAAGGAGGGCAAGAUUACCAGCAACCAGAGGAUUGUGGCUGCUCUGGACAGUGUAAAGUAUGCUCUGGACAAGGGAGCCAAGUCUGUGGUGCUGAUGUCUCAUCUUGGGCGACCGGAUGGAUGCAAAAAUGCCAAGUAUACUCUUGCUCCUGUGGCUGAGGAGCUCAAGAGUCUCCUGAAGAAGGACGUAAAGUUUGUCAGUGACUGUGUUGGUGCUGAGGUGGAAGCUGCAUGCCAGGAUCCACCAGCUGGGAGUGUCAUUCUGCUGGAAAAUCUGAGGUACUACGUGGAAGAAGAAGGCAAAGGAGUUGAUGCAACUGGAGCCAAAGUUAAAGCAGCUCCGGAGAAAGUGGCUGCUUUCCGGGAGAGUCUGCGGAAAUUGGGAGAUGUAUACGUAAAUGACGCCUUUGGGACAGCCCAUCGAGCUCAUAGUUCCAUGAUGGGAGAGGGAUUCCCACAGAGAGCAGCUGGAUUGCUGCUGAACAAGGAGCUUAAAUACUUCUCACAGGCUCUGGAUAACCCACCGAGGCCCUUCUUAGCUAUACUUGGCGGUGCCAAGGUAGCUGAUAAGAUCCAACUCAUUGAGAAUCUGCUGGACAAGGUGAAUGAGAUGAUCAUUGGAGGAGGAAUGGCUUUUACCUUUUUGAAAGUCCUCAAUGGCAUGAAGAUUGGAGCUUCUCUCUUCGAUGAGGAUGGUGCCAAGAUUGUGCAGAAUCUCGUGGAUAAAGCCAAGAAGAACAAUGUUCAGCUCCAUCUCCCCGUGGACUUUGUCACGGGAGACAAAUUUGGAGAGGAUGCCAAAGUGGGAGAAGCUUCUGUGGAAUCGGGGGUUCCUGAUGGUUGGAUGGGUCUCGAUGUAGGUCCCAAAUCCCGUGAACUCUUUGCUGCUCCAAUUGCUCGUGCCAAGAUUAUCGUGUGGAAUGGUCCUCCAGGAGUCUUCGAAUUCCCCAACUUUGCCCAGGGCACCAAGUCCUUCAUGGACGGAGUGGUGAAUGCCACCAAAGCUGGAUGUGUUACAAUCAUCGGAGGCGGAGAUACAGCUUCCUGUUGCGCGAAAUGGGGCACAGAAAGCUCCGUUUCACAUGUUUCCACCGGAGGCGGAGCCUCGCUGGAACUCUUGGAAGGCAAAACUCUGCCAGGAGUCGCAGCUCUUAGCAACGCCUAAAGACACAGUGUCUAGGACAAUAUCAUCCCAAAAUAGCAGUAAUAAGGCAAAAAAUCCAUGAAUUCGGCAUAAUCGUGAUUUUUCUUUGAGAAAAAAUAAAAUUUUUGUUUGAAUUGAA